GCGGACGUGUUCGAAACCCUCAGACCUCACUCAGUGCACUCGCUUUCCAUUUCUCUCCGGCGGUUUUAACUUGGCGUGGGUUGGACGGCGGCGGCGGUGAGGGUAUCUGUGGUAGACUACUGAGGAGCCAUAAAUGGGAGCGGCGAUUGUUUCAGCUCUCCUCACGGAGAUCCUAAUCCCAGUGGCGGCCGUCAUCGGGAUCGCUUUUGCGCUUCUUCAGUGGACGUUUGUCUCUAAGGUAAAAGUUUCGCCUGAGCGGCACGGGGUCCCCAACAAUAAGAACGGCUUGGAUGACCGUCUCCUCGCCGAGGAGGAAGACGGUCUGAACGAUCACAACGUCGCCGUCAAGUGCGCCGAAAUACAGAACGCUAUUUCGGAAGGAGCCACUUCCUUCCUGUUUACUGAGUAUCAGUAUGUUGGAAUCUUUAUGGUGGCUUUCGCCAUUUUGAUAUUUCUCUUCCUUGGCUCUGUGGAAGGAUUUAGCACAAAGGAACAACCUUGCACCUACAGCAAGGAUAAAGCUUGCAAACCAGCUCUCUUCAAUGCCAUUUUUAGCACCGUUGCCUUCUUGUUGGGUGCCAUCACUUCCGUUGUUUCCGGCUUUCUAGGGAUGAAAAUUGCCACCUAUGCAAAUGCUAGGACAACUCUAGAAGCAAGGAAGGGUGUGGGGAAGGCUUUCAUCACUGCAUUCAGAUCUGGAGCAGUCAUGGGCUUCUUAUUAGCUGCGAAUGGACUUUUGGUGCUAUAUAUUGCAAUUAACCUGUUCAAGUUGUACUAUGGUGAUGACUGGGAGGGUCUUUUCGAGGCAAUUACUGGUUAUGGCCUUGGUGGAUCUUCAAUGGCUCUUUUUGGUAGAGUGGGAGGUGGCAUCUACACGAAAGCUGCUGAUGUUGGUGCUGAUCUCGUUGGUAAAGUUGAGAGGAACAUUCCAGAAGAUGAUCCUAGGAAUCCAGCUGUGAUUGCUGACAAUGUGGGGGAUAAUGUUGGUGACAUUGCUGGAAUGGGUUCAGACCUUUUUGGUUCAUAUGCAGAGUCUUCUUGUGCUGCUCUUGUUGUUGCUUCCAUUUCUUCCUUUGGAGUUAAUCAUGACUUAACUGGGAUGUGCUACCCACUGCUGGUUAGCUCUAUGGGCAUUAUUGUUUGCUUGAUCACAACUCUUUUCGCAACCGAUUUCUUCGAGAUAAAAGCUGUUAAGGAGAUUGAACCUGCACUUAAGAGACAGCUAAUAAUUUCCACUGCUCUUAUGACUAUUGGAAUUGCAAUUGUUAGUUGGUUAGCCCUUCCGCCAUCGUUCACUAUCUUUAAUUUUGGUGCACAGAAGGAAGUGAAAAAUUGGGAAUUGUUCUUCUGUGUUGCAAUCGGUCUCUGGGCUGGCCUCGUCAUUGGAUUCGUUACUGAAUAUUUCACCAGCAAUGCAUACAGCCCCGUACAAGAUGUUGCCGAUUCCUGUCGAACUGGCGCAGCAACAAAUGUUAUUUUUGGACUUGCUUUGGGAUACAAAUCUGUCAUAAUUCCAAUUUUCGCCAUUGCUGUCAGCAUUUUUGUCAGUUUUAGCCUUGCAGCCAUGUAUGGUAUUGCAGUUGCUGCUCUAGGUAUGCUGAGCACGAUAGCCACAGGUUUGGCUAUUGAUGCCUAUGGCCCCAUCAGUGACAAUGCCGGAGGCAUUGCGGAAAUGGCUGGUAUGAGCCACAAAAUUCGUGAGAGGACUGAUGCACUCGAUGCUGCGGGAAAUACAACUGCGGCCAUUGGAAAGGGUUUUGCCAUUGGUUCGGCUGCUUUGGUUUCCCUUGCUCUUUUCGGCGCCUUUGUAAGCAGGGCGGCUAUUUCGAAAGUUGAUGUUUUGACACCAAAAGUCUUCAUUGGGUUGAUCGUCGGUGCUAUGCUGCCUUACUGGUUCUCGGCCAUGACCAUGAAGAGUGUCGGCAGCGCGGCUCUCAAGAUGGUUGAGGAAGUUCGCCGGCAGUUCAACAGCAUUCCCGGUCUCAUGGAAGGCACAACUAAGCCUGAUUAUGCAACCUGCGUCAAGAUUUCAACAGAUGCCUCUAUCAAGGAGAUGAUACCCCCUGGUGCUCUAGUCAUGCUUACGCCCCUUAUUGUUGGGACUUUCUUUGGUGUGGAGACCCUAUCUGGAGUACUCGCCGGCGCUCUCGUUUCUGGUGUUCAGAUCGCCAUCUCUGCAUCAAACACAGGCGGUGCUUGGGACAAUGCCAAGAAAUACAUCGAGGCCGGCGCAUCAGAGCAUG